GGGCGUGUUGCAUUUGCGGUUGAGGCCACAGGUGGCGCUCUACAAUUAGCAUUUAGCAGCAGAGUUGCUGUGUUCACUGGUAGUGGGGCAAUGCUAGUUUGCUAAUUUGCGCCAAGCUGGAGUCUUUGUCAGCAGAUUCGAACAAAUAACUAUGGCAGAACAAGCUGUUGUUCAUCAGUCUGAUGAAGACUCAGUGGGUAAGGAUGGCACCAAAGUGAAAUGGACUUUGGAAGAAGAUGAAAACUUAAAAAUCCUGGUCAAAAACUUUGGAGAACGCAACUGGAAUACUGUUGCCACCUUGUUACCAGGAAAGACGGAAUUACAGUGUUUGCAGCGCUGGAAACAUCUGGAUGAGAAGAUAGUACCUGACAGCUGGUCUGAAGAGGAAGACAAAAAGAUCUUAGAGUUAGUGGGCAGAUUUGGCACAAAUUGCUGGGGUUUAAUUUGCAAGCACUUUAACGGGCGGCUAGAGAAUCAGUGUCGUGACCGUUGGCUUAAAUACCUGGAGCCUUCGUUGAAGAAGUCCGACUGGAGCCACGAGGAGAAUCUCAUCAUUUACAAAGCUCGGAGUGUCUUUGGGAACCGUUGGUCUGAGAUUGCCAAACUGCUGCCUGGAAGGACAGAAAAUGCAGUGAGAAAGCACUGGAACACCAUGCUGAAAUGGGAAGCAGAAUCGGGCAAAUUUGAAAAUGAAGCCGACAAUGUCACCGUUGAUAUCCAGCAGUUUGUGGAAGGAAAGGUAAACUUCAAGUGUGACAUUUUAUUAGACACCACCCCAGUAACUCCUGAAGUGAUCAAAGAGAAAAAAGAAAAGUGCAAAAUCCUCCAGAAGAAUGUGACCCCACCUGCACACAUGAAGGCAUCAAAGGGGGCCUUGCCGCCAAACAGCCCCUGUCCGAGCUCCAGUGAAGCUGCUGCCCCAGGACCAGCAUCGACACAGACAGCAGAGCCGGUGGAUCAGAAAAAGUUUGUUGAUGCUGCUUUGAGGAUGAUUGCUGAGGACAUGCUUCCACUGAGUUUUGUCGAAGGAGCAGGUUUCCGAUCCUUCAUGGCUGCCAUCAGUCCCGAAUACCACAAGCUGUCCCAGCGCGCCAUUAGCAUGCAGCUUUAUGACGACGUGGAGAGAACCAUCAAACCUCAGCUUAUCCGUGACUUAAAACCCUGCCUGAGCAAAUCGAAAGACGGACAGGGUUGCAUUCACGUGACCUGCGACCUCUGGGCGGGCGAACAGUCAAAUCUGGCGGAGGAGCCUAUCGUCAUUGCACAGCUCCACUUCAUUAGUGAUUCGUGGCAGAUUCGGCGACCCACCGUGGCCUUCCGUCCUGUGACCCGCAAAGAUCUGAGCAGCGCCGUGGCGCAGGAGUUGGAGGGCGUGCUGCUCAGCUACGGCAUUUUUCCGCAGAGCAUCGGCUACGUCCUCGUAAAUCAUGCCAAAGAAGUGCUAGCCGCGAACAGUGUGUUCUGCGACUACAAGCUCAUGUACCCUUCAAACAGGGGCGAGCCGGACGGAGACGAAAUCGUGGCCUUUCUGUCAGACCGGAUGUCCGAAAGCGAGUCGCUGUUUUCAGAGCCCAAUAUCGGGACCAGAAUGUCUUGUGUUGUAAAAACAUUACAGCUGGUGAUUGGCGAGGCACUGAAGAACUCCAGGGUGGUGGAAAACCUCCUCUCGCAUGUCCACAAUGUUGUGGCGUUCUUCAGGGGCAGUACAUACUGGAGUGAGGUUUUGUCGAAGGAGUGCGGCGUGUCUUUAUGUCCGCCCGCCGGCCACUGUCGCUGGAACUCUAUGAUGGUGUCUUUACGCCGAAUGGUGCAGGAGUCCGCUUGGAAUGGUAUCCUCGCCGUCCUAGCGCAGGCUCGCAGUGAGGCCAGCGACUUGGCUAGUGCCCCGCCUCUAAUCAUGGUCAAGAAGGAGCAAGUGAUCGACAUCCUGUCUCUCUUAGAGCCCUUUCAGGAAGCUUUGCAGGUCUUGUUGGGAAACCCAGUGGCCAUCUCAUAUGUGGUCAGCACUCUCGUUAGCCUGGAUAAGACGUUGGAGGGCCGUAACACCAACUACAACCCCUUCAAAAAAGCCCUCCGCGCGGGCCUGCAUUCUCACUUCCAGUCUCUGAUUCACCAGAAAGACCUGAUAGUAGCUGCUGUGCUUGACCCCAGGAACAAACUAAACGCUUUCCCCGAUGGCCACGUUGAGGACCAGACAGGUUUUCUAACGCCUCCAACAAAGUGCGAGGCACGCAACAUUGUGAAAGUAGCUCUGGGGAUCCAAGAUAAUCCUGAAGUGAAGGCAGAGAAAACACAGACAAAUCAAGAGCACUGGCAGCCGCCGGGUAGAGAAGCAGAAACAACGGCUGCCAAUCUAACGAAGGUAUCUGGAGAAUGCUCGGACACCAAUUUCGAUGGUGCCGACCUCAUCGGUAUUAAGCGCAAGUCAGAUGAAAACAUCCCCCAGCUUCCCUCAAAGACCAUGACGUCGGAACUUGACGUAUACCUCUCGGAACCAUUGUGGGUAAACAGCUCCAGUUUACUAUACUGGAAAAAUGCCACUCGCUUCCCAAAACUGCAGAGCAUUGCCAAAAGGCUGCUGGCGGUUCCCGCCACCUCAGGGGGCUUCGACAGGCUCUGCCCGAUGGCAGCAUGUAUCGUACGAGCUAAACGGAACCGCAUGCCACCUCACACAACAGAGAGACUCCUUCUUUACAAGAACUCUUUAAAGCCAAAGACUGGUAAAAAGUCUGGUGGGGUCACCAAACACAAACCGACCAAGUGAUGCUGGUAGAAACUGAAAAGUGUUAUCACAUAAUUAUUAUUUUUAAAGUCAUGUCCAAAUUUGACACCUACUUUACCAUUAUUUACAGUAAAGUUGGACCGCAGUUAUUGGUGGGCAGCACUUGAAGUGCUUAUUAUUACACCUUUGUUUACAUAAGCUGUCUGGUUACUGUCUGUUACUCCAUGGUUUUUUUUCUCAUGGGUACCCUAUCAUCCUCUUUUUUUUUUUUUUUUUUUUUUUUUUUUUGUCCCCCUAAAAACACACAUGCUGUUUGGUUCAAGACCAAAAUUGUUCGGUUAUUAAUGUGGUCUUCAAUUUCUGUUUGUCAAUAAGUGUCCUGAGAUUGGUGCAACCUGUCCUUCUGGACUACUAUCAACUGGAAUAGUGUACAGUUCACCUAUGACUUAAAUGAGGACGCGCUACACAAGACUGACAGAUAGUUUUGUUGAUAGGUAUUUGUCUCAAUACAUAUCUUUUUUAAUCAUUGUAAAUCAAAUGUUCUUGUUUUUAUUCCUCUAAUGCAGUGUUUCUUCACCUGGGUUGGAUCGAACCCCAGGGGUUCGGUGAGUAAGUCUAUUCGACGAAGGUUAAGACACACAGAGCCCUAUUUUCUUACACCGACUAAAGGCAAAGUGUCGUUAUAGACCAAGUGUUGGACUGGUUUGCCCCCAAUUUACAAGCUUACCGUAACUCAAUUUCUUUCAAAUGCUAGCCCUGUAUCUGAUGGGAGGAGAAACUGGUUUGCUCAGUGGAAGGUUGACCCUUACUUCGCACGAGGAAGUAUAAGAAAAAGGAAACCUUUACGCAAAGACUUCAUAAUUAUAUUGACGGGACAGAUUCCCCAGACACUGCAGCACGCCUUUUCGUAGGGGGCCGUCCCACAUUCCGCUUCAGUUAUUCGCAAUCGAAUUCUUCUCAAACACAUGCAGCGAUCCAACGCCGGAUAUAGGUUGAAAAAGUACGAAAAGCUGUAGCACAUACAAACAGGAAGAAUUGUCUCAGGAGUGAUUUGUUCGAGGAUUCAAGGUAAUUAUUGUAUUUUUCGUACCAUGCAUGCAUUUUGGAAUGUUGUGAGAAAAUCAAUGGGAGAAAUUAGCCACUACAGCACUGGCGUUAUAUUUUGCAAUAUUUACGUAAAAUAAAUGCUAACUGCCCGUUUUUUUGCUUUUAACCAAGAAUCGACUGUUUUACCUCCAUAUCUAUAAAGAAUUCAUGGAUUUAAGCAUUUAUUCUCAUAAAUUUUAAAUGGAAAAAGCAGACCAUGACAUUCCCACCACCAUGCUUGACUGUAGGCAUGACACACUUAUCUUUGUACUCCUCACCUGGUCGCCGCCACACAUGCUUGAGACCAUCAGAACCAAACAAAUUAAUCUUCGUCUCAUCAGACCAUAGGACAUGGUUCCAGUAAUCCAUGUGCUUUGUUGACAUGUCUUCAGCAAACUGUUUGCGGGAUUUCUUGUGUACCGUCUUCAGAAGAGGCUUCCUCCUGGGGUGACAGUCAUGCACACCAAUUUGAUGGAGAGUGCUGCGUAUGGUCUGAGCACUAACAGGCUGACCCCCCACCUCUUCAAUCUCUGCAGCAAUGCGGACAGCACUCCUGCGACGAUCUUUUAAAGAAAGCAUUUGGAUGUGACGCUCAGCAAGUGCGCUCAGCUUCUUUGGAUGACCAACCCGAGGCCUGUUCUGAGUGGACCCUGCUCUUUUAAAACGCUGGUGUUGGCAAUCUUCAUGUAGCCUUUGCCAUCUUCAUUUAGUGCAACGAUACGUCUUUUAAGAUCCUCAGAGAGUUCUUUGCCAUGUGGUGCCAUGUUGGAACUUUCAGUGACCAGUAUGAGAGAGUGUGAGAGCUGCACUACAAAUUUGAACACACCUGCUUCCUAUGCACACCUGGACCAAGUAACACUAACGAGUCACAUGACAUUUUGGAGGGAAAAUGACAAGCUGUACUCAAUUUUGAACUAUUUGGGAUGUAGUUUCUAAGUGGUGUACUCACUUUUGUUGCUAGGGGUUUCGAUAGUAAUGGCUAUAUUUUGAGUUAUUUUGAGGGGGAAA